AUGGGCCAACAGAACCAAACCCUGCUGACUGAGUUCAUUCUGACUGGAGUCUCAAGGCGGCCUGAGCUGCAGCUUCCCCUCUUUGGGGUCUUCCUCAUCAUCUACACAGUCACAGUGGUGGGCAACCUGGGAAUGAUCACUCUGACCAAGCUGGACUCCCACCUGCACGUGCCUAUGUAUUUUUUUAUCAGGCAUCUGGCUUUCAUUGACCUUGGAGAUUCCACUGUCAUUUAUCCCAAGAUGAUGGUGAAUUUUGUUGUGGAUCAAAAUACCAUUUCUUAUAAUGCAUGUGCUACACAGUUGGCAUUCUUCCUUGUGUUCAUUAUCAGUGAGUUUUUCAUUUUGUCUGCUAUGGCCUAUGACUGCUAUGUGGCCAUCUGCAACCCUCUGCUCUACAAUGUUACCAUGUCUCAGAGACUCUGUCGUGUGCUGGUGGCCAUUCCAUACCUCUACAGCACCUUUCAGGCUCUCUUGUUCACUAUUAAGAUAUUUACAUUGAACUUCUGUGGCUCUAAUGUCAUCAGUCAUUUCUACUGUGACGAUGUUCCUUUGUUACCUAUGCUCUGCUCAGAUGCACAGGAAAUACAAUUGUUGAUCAUACUAUUUACAGCAUUUAACUUGAUCUCCUCCCUCCUAGUUGUCUUAGCAUCCUAUAUUCUGAUUCUGCUUGCUAUAUGUAGAAUGCAUUCUGCAGAAAGCAGGAAAAAGGCUUUCUCCACAUGUGGGUCUCAUCUGACAGUGGUGGUGGUGUUCUAUGGGUCUCUCUUUUUUAUGUACUUGCAACCUAAGCCCACUCACUCCUUUGAGACUGACAAAAUAGCCUCUGUGUUUUACACUUUAGUGAUCCCCAUGCUUAAUCCCUUGAUCUACAGCUUAAGGAACAAAGAGGUAAAAAAUGCCUUCCACAGGGUCUUUAAGAAUCAAUGCAAGCAUUGCGUUUAA